AUGUCCGAAGAAGUAUGGAAUGGAAACCAAGGAAUCCUCUCCGUAUAUGUGAGCAAAGCUAGAGACUUGCCUAAUUUGAAUAAACUGGACAAGCAAAAUGUAAUGCUUAGGUUGCGAAUAGCUCAUAUGACAAGAGCCAGCAACACUCUACAUCGAGCAGGUCAAAACCCUGUUUUCCAUUAUUUAGAAAAAUUUGAUAUUACUCCAGAGAUAAAGCCUUUAAUGUACGUCGAAGUUUACUGCGAUAGAAGGAAAAAAUCUCCGCUGCCAAUUGGAAGAUGUGAAAUAGACCUUUUAAAUGCUAUUAGAGCAGACCCGAAGGAGGGUUAUUGUACCUGGUACGAACUGAAAAGAAGUGGGGAUGAAUUUGCUGGCACUAUAUUCAUUGAGUUGACUUUCACUCCCAAAGUACCUCGUUUAAACAGGGACGAUCUUAACAAAGAAAUGGACAGGUUGGAUUCAUCUAUGGCUAUGAGGCCGAUACCACCAUUGCCAACAGAAUCAGAGUAUGACUAUGUUCAUGGUUCUACGAUGAGACAGAUUACUCCCCAGUGUGUUAGCACAAGUCACGAGGAUAAGGAUGAGGGACAGCCCUACAGAAAUGGCAAUGUUUUCUCCAUGUCAUCUAAAUCAGAUACAGCGGUAUUGGCAAAUAGUAAUGACCCAAUAAUUUUACCUCCAACUUUUUCAGCAUCCAUGGGUACAACGUCUACAUUAGAAACUAAUGAUACUGCUAUAUCAAACACUUCGAAUACAAAAUUCCAUUUUGCCAAUUUAAGGAAAUUAAAGGAGAAGAUAAAUAUAUUUAAGAAUCCUGAUAGUUCAACAAACAACUGCCAAAAUGAAUCUAACAAGGUAGAUAUUGAGGCACUUCAAAAGGCUAUUGGUGUAACUUCGUUGUCUUACGACGAAGAUGAUGACGAUGACGACGAAAAUGACGCAUUUUAUUCUUCCAGCCAUAGAGUCUCCCACAACUAUAACCAACCGCCCUUACCUCCUAUACCGACCAGAGAUGAUAUGUCCAAUUAUUCAAGUUCGCGCAAUACGCCGUUAGUAAGAAGAGAUAGACCCUCACGCCUAGAUUCCUCUUCGCCUAACUCACAUCCUCAUCCAUCAGGCCUGAAUUCUCCAAAACUACCACCUCUACCGACUACUUCGAAUUCCAAUUUUAAUUCGAGGAAGAAUUCGAUGUCUCCUACAAGAAAAAGACCACCUCCAAGGCUCAGCUAA